GCGAGUCGAAGCAAGACUAAAAUUAUAUCAUUGUGUUGUGUAAAUUAUAAAUUAUACUCAGUGUCAGUUUUUAUCUGAAUUUAAGUGCAUCAACCAAAAUUCAAGCUUGAAGAUGUUGAAAGUAUUGAAACAAUUACCUUCUGUGAGCAGUAAAUUGGGAGGCAUUUGUCACAGGAGUCUUCACAAUGGAGCUAAACUUCAUACACCACUAGUGCCCAUUGUCAUUGAACAAACGGGAAGAGGAGAGCGAGCUUAUGACAUCUACUCCAGACUACUCAAGGAGCGUAUCAUCUGCCUUAUGGGACCUGUAAACGACACGGUAUCUAGUGUGGUGAUAGCACAGUUAUUAUUCUUGCAGUCAGAGAGUAACAAGAAACCAAUCCACAUGUACAUCAACAGUCCAGGAGGAUCAGUAACAGCCGGCCUUGGUAUCUAUGAUAGCAUGCAGUAUGUUCUACCUCCUAUAGCUACAUGGUGUGUAGGACAGGCCUGUAGUAUGGGAUCUUUACUUCUCACCGCGGGUGCACCAGGGAUGAGACACAGUCUACCUAACUCAAGAAUCAUGGUUCAUCAGCCGUCGGGUCAGGCUGUGGGUCAAGCAACAGAUAUUCAGAUUCAAGCAGAAGAGAUCAUUAAGCUGAAGAAACAGAUCAACAAACUCUAUGUGAAGCAUACAGGACAAACUUUAGAUGUUAUAGAACAAGCCAUGGAGAGGGAUCAUUUCAUGAGUCCACAGGAGGCAUUACAGUUUGGUCUAAUCGACAAGGUCCUAGACCACCCACCACACAUCGGGGAGAACAACCAGCAGAGUAACCCUGCAGCAGAGUCCUAGCGCAUAGACCAGGCCUGGCAUAGACCAACAUUUGAAAAGAACUGGAAUUUCCGGAACUCUGAAGGAACUUUGUGAGAGUAUGAUCUAAAGGUUCUGUUGGCAGAGGGACCUUGUAUUGAUUUUGAAAUGGCAACACGCAGAGAUGUUAUCGGUUCACCUUCAUGGAUCUAACUGCGAUUAUCUGGGUAUUAUCUACAUGUACAGUACAUCACAAUGGAUCUUCUGUGUGGCUAAAGAGCAAAUGAAAAUUAUUAAAUUGUCUGUUUGGAGCCAAAAGUGUACUAUGUAAAAUGAUACAAGGUAACACUACUCUGGCUCUGAAUAAACAAUAUAUUAUGCUAAUAUUGUCAAGCAAGUCGUCCAUUCCAUGGCAUUGCAUUACAUGUGUUGCUAUGUCGGACAAGUAUCAGGUAAAGGACUCUAUGUUUUUGCAUAGAUCAUAGCAUUGAUAUAGAAGGUCAACCAAUGUUUGCGUGUGUGCACUGUGUUGGACAUUGUCCAAUUUCAUCCACAGAAAUAAGAUGUUAUAUAAUCCUAAAUAAGUAUUAAACCCCAUUUGAGAAGUUUACCGGUAAGUGUAGACAUAAAAGCCUAGCUUUUGAUUCACUAAAAAGAGGGGAAUCUGAGUGUUGAUGACAGUUCCAUUUUAAAUUGGUAUGUGAUUUUUCAAUAGAUUUUCCCAAUUUGUUUUAAAUCUUGUCAACCAAUGUAGGAGUAAACUUUCCAAUUAACUAAUUUGAAGUGUAUAUAUACAGUUCAUUUCAUUUAUUUCACUCUCUUUUAAAAACAUCAAAAGUAUAUACAUGUUUGUUCAUUAUCAACGUAAGAUAAAAGGAAGUGGGGAAUCAUGAAAGCCAAAAUUGGCUUGAUGAAAACGAUCCCAAAUAAAUACAUAGCACAAACAAGAUAUAAAUUUAUUUGAUUGAUAAUUGAAAUUGAUACCACAUACAUUUUGUAUUAUUGACACAAGCAAUGACUGGCUCAGUAUUCUACAGGUUCAGUCAACGUCCUUGGAUCGUCAAGCCAGCGUAAUCUUCAUGUUCUUGUACUGUGUAUCAUAUUAAUCUAAAUUUUUACUUUAUUUCAAAUUAUGAGUUUAAAGAAAGUUUUAUUCCAAUAAAAUGUCAAUAGAAAUAAAA